CGGUAAUUUCGGAUCGAUUAAGACUCGUUCAGUACCUGGCGUCCCCCCCCCCUACGUGGAGCUGGUGACUGGCCACGGGAGUUUUAGACUUUGACCCGUGGCCCGCCUACGUGUCGGGCGGGGAGUCGUGAGACUUCGACCCGCGCCAGACGGCGCUCGACCCACACAGGGUGGAACGGAACUUGGGAAUAGAUGGAUGCCCCACAGCUAACGGCAUUCCCGCGAGCUCCAACCCGCCAAGGGUUGCGCCAGGCGCGAGCUUUCGCUUCGAACACCCGAGCGCCGCCCUGGGUGAGACCGGCACGGCCAAGGGACCUCGAGCCCCCGGGCUAGAGCCGAUCGCAGGCAAGUGAGGCGAGUAGGUCUGCCAGUGACCCCUCGACUCAGAAAGCCUGAGUAUGAUGGCCCCUUCAAGUUGGCCCUGGUGCAACGUAUAUCCAACUCAGAGUCACGUUGGUACGAGUCAGAGUGCCCACCGGACCACUACCCGGCGGGUCACGGUCCGAGUCUGCUAGGGGCCAACUUGAAACCACCGUGAGCAUGACUCGGACCGGGAGCAUGACCGCGUACAGUGCUUUCACUGCACAGGGCGCUCGUCUGGACACCUGCCCAGAGUCGGCAUUUGGUAGAAUUGGCCGAUGUAUGAAAUAUUAUAGGUAGAGUACAAUACAAUACGUAUAUCAUGAGAUAUCAAUUUGUAUCAAUUUGUCCCAUUAAAUAUAUCUUGGACAUGGAGCUGCAAAGUUUCCCCUCUCAGGACAAUCAUCAAACAGAAGCAUUGGAACAAAUCUAUGAAGAGAUACAACGAGAAAUUGAAGGCCUCAAGCUGGAAAAUGAUAUCUUACGCAACUACAAGAGUCGGCUAAAAGCUCCUGGGGGGCUCGACUGUUGUGCGCUACCCGCCGAAGGCGAAAAGGUUUGAUAUCGGAAGUUUUGCAUAUUACUUAUAUCCCCCUAGGUUACGCACCAACGGCAAUUGCCUCUGAAGCUGAUGAUAGAGCAGAAGUGCGAGAUUGCCAUCAAAGAGCAAGAACGGGUUAGCCAGCAGUCUGGGGAACACAGGAAGGCAGCAGAAACCCUCGCUGACACUUUGCGCACCGUGUUAGAAGAGACAGAUAUCCGCAUCUCAGAUCUGAAGAAAGAUGCUUACGAGUUUAAGCGUGACAUUGUCGUCGGAGCUGAAAGCAUGCGGACCGGCAAGACUUUGGCUGAAAAGACAACGCGGUAUAUGGAAGAAAAGCUACAAAAGAGAGACGGUGUGAUCGGGAAACUUCGACUGAAAAAUUCUACAAUCAAGACACACUUGUACAAAGUUGAAUUACAAAUGAAGCAAAAAGAACAGACCGGUGAUGCUCUCCAUUAUAUUGACUUUCAUCAACUCCAGAUAGAAAACAAACAAUACCAAGCACGAAUCGAAGAUCGCAAUGAGCAGCUUCUUCGCCUAAAGAUGACUACUAGCAAGACAGUUCAGGCGCUUAAUCGGCUUAAGAAAACGCUUAACACAUUGUCUGCUGAGUCUGGCUGGCUGAAGCUUGAGAUAAUUGCCCGGACCAAACAACUGUGCAAGGUCAGUGAUGAAAGAAACACCGUGAAUCUGGAUGUUGCAAGCGAGCGAAAUAGUAAAAACCUGCGCAGUGACAAGGUCGAGCCGAGUGGCUUGCCUUCCACGCUGGACUACGUUAGUCAAAAAGCCCAUAUGUAUGAUCUCCAAGCAACGCUCUGCGACUGGGGACGAAAAACGGAAAUCAUAGACAUGGCUGCCUGUAAUUCUCAAAAUGUUGCUCGGAAGCUGGCCUGCAGGAAGCUCGCGUAGGUUUGGCCGCUUUAUAUCCGCCCCGCACGCAAGUCUGUUCCCAGGCAGGAUGAAUAGAUUGACAGAAGCAGUUCUUUACCCUUACCGCAGCGAAGUCACGCUGGGGUCCUCCUCGGAGUGAGUCUGGAUGUCACUAGCCCCAACAACCUCUUACGGAAACGCGACCUUCGCAGGCCACUAAAACUCUCAAACCCAAUAGUUCGCUUACCCGUUUCAGUCACCUCCUCAAUUUGCCGCCGUACCACGAUCUACGGAUGGCUGACCAGAAGGAUUUUGCGCCGCGAUGAGGAUUUGACUGUAAACGAAUGCGGCGACGGUGUGCGCUCUGCGGACGCGUUUGCAAGUGCGGGGGGUAUAUUGUGCGUAUACGCCAUUGCCACGG